AUGAUCUUGGUUAAUGCUGCACCCGAAGAUCAGUCCGGAAGGUCCUUUGCUCUGGCCAACUACUUCUCUAAAAACACUCACCUUGUUCUUCUAUUAACGUAUCCUGGCCUAAGACAACCAGACACAAUCUCUAAAAACAUCAUCAAAAAGUACUUAUGGCACAUCAAUACUGACAGCCAAUUCAUAAUACUGACCAGAAUCAAACAGCUCCUUAAGUUUAUUUACUUAAACAUAGUCACAACUUAUUAUCUGCUUUGGUAUUUCAUAACCAGCUCGAACACCCAUCCAAUUCCAAGUCCAACUAUUCUCUUUGUAGUUCCACCACUUCCUACUAUUCUUCUUCCCUUUAUUUGCGCCUAUCUUCUGGGCAUUCAGCCGACCAUUGAUUGGCAUAGGGUUACUCCUACGACCUUCAAUUCCUUUCCUGGUUCCUUUCUCACUCGUUAUGCUGCUAAUAUAGCUGUUACCACAGAUAUGGCCAAACUUAUGAAAGCCCGCCAUUUGCGAGCCACUACUAUCACUGAUGCUGAUCUCUUCAGUUACGUUGAUACAGACUCCCCUCUACCACAGCCAUCUUCAGAUUCAGCCUUCUUUCAAUACCUAGCUGCCAAGUAUCCCGAAUACCGCUCAGCUUUUCAAAACCCAAGUCGGCCCAUUGCUAUUUGUAGCACCAGUAAUUCACCAGAAGAGGAUAUCUCUAGCCUACUACAAACUCUUUCUAGCAUCCCAGUCAAAGGCACUCUCUUUUUUACCACCAAAUCACCAAUAUCGCUCACACACCUGACUCUAAACGUACAUUCAGUUUUUCUUGACCAUGCUGAUUAUCUUCUGCUACUAACACAUGCCAAUUUUGGUAUUUCCACCCACGCUUGCAGCUAUGACUAUCCUCUCAAAAUCAUAGACUAUCUUCGAGCACGUCUUCCAGUUAUUGCCCAUUCUAGCACCCCGGCAAUUCAUUCUCCGAGUAUUGAAGCCACUAUCACCCGAUACACAACUCUGGCACAACUUGGCACUGAGCUCCAAGCUAGCUUUAACAGACACCAACUCAGCAGACACCAAUUCAGCAGACACUAA